AGCCAAUAGCAGCCUUAGAGAUGGAGGAUGCGUGGCUCCUGCUCGUGUUGGUGGCGGCCGCGGGCGUGGAGCUGGGCCGCACGCAGCCGGUCGUGAGGAGCAUCGGAAGCAUCAGUGUGCAGCACGACAACGUUCAAGUUCUAGGCCAAACGGAGAACUGCAAGAGCGUGUCCAUCCCCGCCACCACCAUGUGCGGCCCCGGCUUGGAGUGCAGCCCGGCAUCGGGGACGUGCGUGCCUGUUCGUCAGCGGCCGAGCCAAUACCAGAACCAUCCCGAGAAACUUUUUAGAUACAACAAACUCAGCUUGAAGAACCAAGGCAGACAGAGCUUCAACAGUUUAUCACAGACUGACGAUAAACCACUUAAGUCUCCAUGGUCCUUCUCUUGGAAUAAAGGUGCAAUCAGACUAUGAGUUUUCAGAAACAUGUGUUUGAAGUUAAAAAUGCCAUUUUAAUUAUUUUUAAUGAACAGAAAAUUAAAUUAUCCAUAUGGGAAAAAAUUAAA